AUGGAAUCAUUAGUACCGUAUAACGAAACGGUGAGCACUGAAGUUCAAUUUGCUAAAGCACUUGAAAAAUACAAAUUUGACUUGCUCCAUGCAAAGUCGAAUUUUCAUGAUCAAGACCAAGAGCAAAACACUGCUGAUGUAAAUAACCAACAUCUUCAAACUCAAGCUCAAUCUUCAUCUCCAUUUGAUAUAGUUCAAAAGUUUGCAGAUAUUGCUGCAGCGAACGCAUACUCAGUACUUCCAGAUCAACUGAGUAGCAAUAUAGACGAUGAUGUUUAUGAUCAAGAUUUUACUAACUGGGAUUUGGAGAUGAAGUUUUGGAGGUUGGUUGAAAACUUAAACUACUACAGAGUUUUCUGCUAUGAAAAUGAAGUCUUUGGAAAAGAGAAGGAGAUUGGAGAACUAUAUGCAAUUUUGGACUGGUUACAGUAUCACUCUGCAGGAGAACGUGAACAUGACCAAAUAUUAAAAGAUCAGUUAGGUAAUGAAGACGAAAAUGGCAAUGGCGAUGAAGAAGAGAAAUUACUGGGUACUAGAAGCAAGUGGAUUAAUACACGAUUGAGUAUCGAAAAUGGAGUUUACGAUGCUCUUUCAGGAAAGAAUAGUAAUGAUCAGCUUAUUCAAGAAAUGGAUGUUGAUGCUCCAUUAAGAAGCGGUAUGCACGUUGAUGCAAAGGAUGCAGAAUUGGACUCAAAAAAUUUCCAAGCCAUUUACAAACUUGUUGUUCUUGGAGAGUAUACAGAUGCAAUUGAGUUUGCUAAUGAAACAGGUAAUCAUGCAUUGGCUGUGAUAUUAGCCGGAGCUAUAUCAUUUGUGGAGGAUGAUGACCAAGUUAUGGAACUAGCAAAUGAAGUUGAAGGUGAAGGCAAUAUAAAGCUUAGCGCUAGUACCAGAGACAAAACAAUUUGGGUGCGAUUGGUUUAUAAAUUGUCCAAAAACACAAACUUAGACCCCAAUGAGAGAUUGAUUUACAGCUACUUGAGCGGAGGUGAUAUAAGUGAAAAUUUAAAGAGAGCUUCCGACUCAUAUGAAGAAUCAAUUAACAUACUUGUGAGACAAUUGCUUACUUAUAGUGAGCUACAAAAAAUGCACCUGAACUCGUUUGUGGAAUUCACUCCGCCGGCACCACAAGCAAAUUCGAUGAAAGACAUCUUGAACAUUGUUUCAAACUCGCUAGGCUCUAGAGCAGCUGAAGAAAGUCGUCACCCUGUGCGGAUACUUAUGGCAGCAAUCAUGUUAGAUGACCUAGACCCAAUCAUAAGUGACCUCAAUGACUCGACCAAUGACAACAUCUUGAGGAUAUUAGUUCAUGCUUCAUUAUUUCUUGCGCUUUUGAGGUCUCCACAGAACCCCGAACAACUCAACGCAUUGAUCACAUUGUAUAUUUCCAAAUUGACCGAAAAUAAUCAGACGGAAUUGGUGCCUUUGUAUUUGUCAUUUAUUCCAGACGAAAGAGAUGCGCGUGAAACAUACUCAUUGAUCCUUGCCUCAAUCACUGAUAAGGAGCAACGAAGGAAGCAACUUGAAAUUGCCAAGGGAAUAUCACAAUCUCACCAGCAAUCACCUUUACCAUUAUUACAAUCACAGCCUUCAUCGCAUUCGAAUGAAGAUACCGAGAUGGUACCUAUCGAUGAUGUCGAGCAAGACAAGCUCGUUAAUGUGCUUAGACGUACAGUAGAAAGGGUUAUGGAUGAGACUGAAGAGUACUAUAACCCAGGAAAUGAACCAUUUGCUAUUGUUGAUAGUGGCAGCAACAACGAUGAAAAUGACUCCCUGGCUGCUAUUGACCAAGUUGAUUUAAAGUUGUCCUCUGCAGUUGAGUGGUUUUAUGAGAAUAAAAUGUACAAGGAUGCAAUCCUGGCUACGAUUAUAGUUAUCCGUCGAUUUCUUCUCAAUGGGAAAUUGCAAAGCUUAAAAAGCUUUGCCAAAGGCAAGAAUUUUAAGCAGUUGAUAAAUGAGUACAAUUUACAAAACUUUAGUAACGAUAGCGGGGUAGAGUACAACGGAUCAGCAGCAUUACCUUAUUCUUUUUCGUCUUCAUCAACAACGACGACAAAGUUUGUGCCAGAACAUGAAAUUAUCAGUGAGGACCAAAAAUUAGAAUUAAUGGACUAUCAAAAUUUUGUAAAAGGAUUGAAUUUGAUUAGCGAGUGGAAAGAGUUCAAUGGUAACCCCUAUACGGGUCCCAAUGUCGGUGCCUCUUUGGAUAAAACAGGUCAUGUGUUGAAUAAUUUAUUGGACACAUGGUUGGUUGACCUUGUGAAUAAAAGUCUGAACAGCAAAAAGAGAAAAAAGAACAAUAACAAUAACAGUGGCAAUGGCAAUGGUGGUAGAAACGAAACUAAAAAAGAGGAUGGCAAUGAAGAAGAUGAUUAUGGUGAUGAUGAUGAUGAUGAUAAACUUAUACUUAAGCAGUUUAGAUCCAUAUACGUUCCAUACAUCAUUAUGGAGUUGGUUUCUAUCUACCAAAAUGCAAGAAGUUUGGACUGGAAGUAUAUUACAUUGGCACUCAAGCUCAUCCAUUCUGUUGCUGAAGAAGAGUCAAAUGAUCUCUUACAAUGUUUCAAAGAGAGUGGCCGUUUGAAUGAAUUCUUGACCAAGAUUGCCGAGUUGUCCACUAUUGCAUGCGAAAGGGGCGUCAAAGGUUUGUACUGUUUGUAG